AGCGGGCGGCCGCUGGGAGUCCCACGAGGCGCGAGGUGCGAGGCCCGGCGCGCGAGCCCCCGGGGCGGGGCAAAAGAAAUUGGAUGAGUGUCCCGAAAUUUCCACCAGCUUUCCACGAGGAAAUAGCCAAGGUCUGAUUGUCACCCGAACCCACUCCCUCUGGGUCCUAAACUGGGCCCUGCUGUUCCCUGGAGAUUCACUCCCUUGCUCUUCCGGAACUAACCGCCACCAAGGGGUGUAUCUAUCUGACUUCUUCCUCGGCCUUGCCUGUCUGAGAGUGGCCAGGACCAGGUAGCAGAGAGCCAUGGACCAGUAUGGCCUUGGGGACAAGGGUUCCCUUCCAUCGGAAACGCACCUUCCUUUGUUCUCAGAGAGCCAAGGUCUCAACUGCAGUGACACCCUCAAUCGGGAUCUGGGCCCCAGCACGCAUGACCUGCUCUAUGCCAGCCUGGGUGGCUUGGACCUGGACCCCACACUCUCGGUACCUGAUGUGCCCAGUGAGGUGCUCGAGGACAACUUAGACACCCUGUCCCUGUACUCAGGGAGAGACAGUGACUCCGGGAAGCUGCUGGAGGAAUAUACAGAUCUGGAGUCUCAGACUUCUGUACAAGACCAGGGGCCAGGUGCGUUCAAGCUUCCCCGAGAGGCUGAGGAAGCAGGCAGGGCCGCCUCGGGCAGUGCGAGGAAAGGGAAGCGGCAGCACAGCUCGCCCCAGAACGCGCUUCUGGACUGCAGCCUAUGCGGGAAGGUGUUCAGCAGCGCCAGCUCGCUCAGCAAGCACUACCUGACGCACAGCCAGGAGAGAAAGCACAUCUGCAAGAUCUGCAGCAAGGCCUUCAAGCGGCAGGAUCACCUGACCGGGCACAUGCUCACCCACCAGAAGACCAAGCCCUUCGUGUGCAUCGAGCAGGGCUGCAGCAAGAGCUACUGCGACUACCGCUCGUUGCGCCGGCACUACGAGGUGCAGCACGGCCUGUGCAUCCUGAAGGAGGCCCCGCCCGAGGAGGAUGCCUGCGGGGACUCCCCCCACGCCCCCGACACAGCUGGCCAGCCUCUGCCCAGUGGCCUGCGGUCCCUGGGGCCCCCGGAAGCCAGGUCCCCUGGCUCUGUCUUGCCUAACCGAGACCUCCUGCGCUGUAUUGUGAGCAGCCUUGUCCACCAGAAGAUCCCAUCUCCUGGUCCUGCCGCAGCGGGGCCUGCAGAUGGUGAAGGGAGGAGCACAGCCUGUCCCUGCGCCACCCCAGCAGGGCCUUCCUCCUGCCUCCCAGGAACCCCGGGCACUGAGGCCCCCGAAGAGCCUCGUCCCCCACAGAAGGAGCCGGCUGCUGACGCGUUCACAGCCGUCCAUUCAGGGACAGCUGACAGCGAUGGCCCUGACCCUCCAGAGUCAGAGCCCCCGCUUCUCCAGCUCCCAUCCUCCCUGGAGGACUGGCCCGAGGGCAGCUCCCUGCCCGCCUCCCUGCCUGCCUUCCGGGGUCAGAAGGUCCCUGCCAGUUCGCAGCCAUCCAGCCACAGCUUCCAGUGGCUCCGCAACCUGCCCAGCUGCCCCAAGAGCAAAGGCAACACUGUGCUUGCAGUGCACAAGCCCCCUGGGGAGGGCUCGGAGUCUGGCCCUGGGCCCAGCAGCACCUCGGCUCCAGUGGAGCCUUUGCCCGGUGCAGGCAGCAGUCAGGACGCACUGCCCUUCCUGCCCACGCUCCUGAAGGCACCCAGUGAGGCCUCAGGUGACCCCAGGCCGGAUAGCGGGGAUGAGGAGGGCUGGGCUUCCAAGAAGAGUGAGCCCUUCCCGUCGGAUGCUGCGCCCCUCUUCCGCCAGCUGUUCCUGAAGUCGCAGGAGUCUCUGGUGAGCCACGAGCAGAUGCAGGUGUUCCAGAUGAUCACCAAGUCCCAGCGGAUCUUCUCCCAUGCCCAGGUCACAGCCGCUGCCUCGCAGCCCUCCGGGCCCGAGGGCAAGCAGACUGCCCUGAAGUCCUUGCAGGGGCCCUGGCCGCAGCAGCCCCGGCCCCUGGCACCCGCUGUGGACUCUCUGCUGGCGGGCUCCAGAAACAUGGAGCCAGAGGGAUCCCCGGCCCGCAGGAGAAAACCCACAGCCGUGGCCCCCGGAGAGGCCUCCCCCAACGGCUCGCGGCGAGGCAUGAAGGGAGCACCGAAAGUGGCCUCUGCACCACCCCCCGUCACCACGCCGUCUCCAGAGCCCUCCCAGAACCCAGACAUCUCUUCUCUGGCCAAGCAGCUGCGAUCUUGCAAAGGGACCUUGGACCUAGGGAACAUCUUUCCCCCCACGGGCCCAAGGCAGGCCCAGGCAGGCAGUGAUGAGCUGCCCGGCGUCCAGCUGUCCGAGAAUGGCGCAGCCUCAGGGGCCAUGAGAAGCGAGAAAGGCCCGGUGUGUGCCCGGGGAGGAGGCUACAGGCUCUUCUCCGGCCACCCUAGACCCCAGCGGUUCUCAGGCUUCCGGAAGGAGAAGGUGAAGAUGGACGUGUGCUGUGCAGCUUCUCCAAGCCAGGUGGCCAUGGCUUCCUUCUCGUCCGCUGGGCCUCCUGCAGAUCCUGCCCGGGAUGCGAAGCCCAAGCUGACCAUAUUCAACAGGAUCCAGGGUGGAAACAUCUACAGGCUGCCCCAUCCCAUGAAGGAGGAGAGUGUGGCAGGUGGAUGCCACCCGCAAAAUGGGAGCCCCACAGACUGGGCGGAGCCCAGGAGCACUUUCGUCUGCAAGAACUGCAGCCAGAUGUUUUACACCGAGAAAGGCCUGAGCAGCCACAUGUGUUUCCACAGUGACCAGUGGCCAUCACCUCGGAAUCAGGAGCAGCAGGGACAAGAGAAGGAUGAGGAAGAGAGAGAUGACAAGGACAGCAGCCAACACAAGAAGCGGAAGAAGCGCCCCCAGUCCAGGGCCCUGUUCAUCCCUCCUCUACCCUCUGUGUUUGGGGACCCUGGCCCUGAAAGGGGCCAGCAGAGCUGCCUGCGCUCUCCCGUGCUCCUGGUGGACCACCUCCUGAAGGGCUUGUUCCAGUGCUCCCCCUACACGCCGCCUCCCAUGCUCAGCCCCAUCCGGGAGGGCUCCGGGCUCUACUUCAACACACUCUGCUCCAAGUCCCAGGCAGGGCCCCACCAGCUCAUCAGCUCCGUGCUGGAUCAAGUGGAUGACUCUUUUAGCAUCUGUGUGGUGAAGGACGAUUCUAAGAUCAGCAUUGAACCACACAUCAACAUAGGAAGCCGCUUUCAGGCUGAGAUCCCGGAGCUGCAGGAAAGGUCGCUGGCUAGAGCUGAUGAGCACGUGGCCUGUCUAGUCUGGAAGCCGUGGGGUGAUGUGACGACCAACCCGGAGACACAGGACAGAGUGACGGAGCUGUGCAACGUGGCGUGUUCCAGUGUGAUGCCGGGAGGAGGCACCAACCUGGAGCUCGCCCUGCACUGCCUGCACGAAGCCCAGGGCAGCGUUCAGGGGGCCCUGGAGACGCUCUUACUCAGAGGAGCCCAGAAGCCAUGGACCCACCCGCUGGCUGACUAUCGCUACACAGGUUCCGACAUCUGGACCCCCAUGGAGAAGAGGCUCUUUAAGAAGGCUUUCUGUGCCCACAAGAAGGACUUCUACCUGAUACACAAGAUGAUCCAGACAAAGACAGUGGCACAAUGUGUUGAGUAUUAUUACAUCUGGAAAAAAAUGAUCAAAUUUGACUGUGGCCGAGCCCCAGGGCUAGAAAAGAGGGUCAAGAGAGAGCUGGAUGAAGUAGAAAGGACAGAAGAAAAGGUCACCUGCAGCCCUCAGGAGAGACCCAGCCACAGCCCAACUCCUGAGUUAAAGAUAAAGACCAAGAGUUACAGGAGGGAGUCCAUCCUCAACUCCAGCCCAAGUGCAGGCCCCAAGCGGACCCCUGAGCCGCCGGGGAGCGUGGAGAGCCAGGGCGUUUUUCCGUGCAGAGAAUGUGAGAGGGUGUUUGACAAGAUCAAGAGCCGGAAUGCCCACAUGAAGCGACACCGCCUGCAGGAGCACACGGAGCCUGUCCUCAGGGUGAAGUGGCCCGCAAAGCCCUUCCCACUGAAGGAGGAAGAGGAGGAGGAGGAGGAGGAGGAGCUGGGCGCUGACAUCAGCCCCCUGCAGUGGUGACUCCCUGCGGGCAGCUGGUCUGGUCUGGUCUGGUCUGGACGGGGCCUGAAGCCCUGCUGUGCCUCCCUGGACCUCUCUACCCUUGCUGUCUGCUGUUGGCAGCUUCCCUAGCAAACCUGUGGUCACUUAGCCACAAACAGGCAGAGAAGCCGUCAUUGGACAGCUGCUGAGUCCCUGAAAGGUGGGGCCCGAUGUUCCAUUUUCUUGAGGUUAAGAGUCUCUCCCCUUCUUCCACAUUGCCUACAGCAGGGAGGCCUCGGGGAGGUAAAAGGUGGGGCCUGAGCAGCUCUUAAGUGUGAUCCUCUGGCGCGGGUUCCUUACCUUGGUGAGCUGUGGCCAGGAUACAGAGAAUCAGUGGGAAGAUGCCCCGAGAUCUCCAGCGCCUGAGGCCCCGCCUCCAGGCAGGGGGUCUCUGCUUUCUGGAUCCAGUCCCCGGUCUCGCGAGGACUUGUACAUUGUUAGGUGUGUUUUUGUAUGUGUCUGUGUGAAAACCUUAUUAAAUUGGGUUCUUGA